AUGGUUCCUGAGCCAACGGAGACUACAAUUGUGGAGGAAAUUGCAGUUUGUCCUGCCGCGAUACAUACGGAGCUAGGUAUUCCUCCUCCUAGUCCUAGUACAAUAACAGCCCAAGGGAAGUCCUUCCGCAUUCUGGGGGAGGCCGCAGCCCGGCUUUUGGCUGAUGCUUACUGCUCACAAGGUCCGGAACUGGUCCACAGGUUGAACAGUGCACGGACCAUUUCUAGUGAAGCAGUAUCCGCUUGCAACGAGGUUGAGGAGGGUGAAGCAUAUGGUCAGAAAUGUGGGACUGCUAGCAUUACAACAAGUGCGCCACAGCCUCCAACAUCGCAGGAGGCGCUACCAGAAGAAGAUGGGCCUUCCUGCCUUACAACGUAUUCGUUAAAGCGCGUGCCCUUUGGUUCUGUCAUUUUUACUGGAGAUUUGAUUAUCAGUAAACAAGGAUCUGUACGCAUCGCCACCCCAGGCAAGGCCCCCUUACCGCUUGAUGCGUGUCUUGGAGCAGCUACUGUGCGCUUCGCUAACGGUAUAGACUACUGGGGUCCCAUUAGCCAGAGUAUGCGCCUCUGUGGAGAUGCCGUAAUUCGGUGGCCCAGCGGAGCCACCUACGAAGGACAGGUUUCUGACGGAAUGCGCAAUGGGAUCGGUAGAUACACAUCAGGAGACGGGAACUUCACAUACGAGGGAGGGUGGUCCCACGGACUGCGCAACAGUUGGGGCGUCCUGACGAGCUCCGAUGGCAGCAAGUAUAGCGGAGAAUGGCGAGAAGGGAUUCGACACGGCUUUGGAGAACAAAUAUUUGCAGAUGGCAGUCGUUAUGAAGGGCAAUGGGUGGAUGGACUACAGCAUGGCCAGGGCGUUAUGGACUGGAAGGAGCCCGCAGUGCAGUAUGUUGGGGAAUGGUGCGAAGGCAACGUCUCAGGCUGGGGCAGGCAAACAUGGGUCGACGCUGCAGAUGCCGAAGACACGGGAACCUGGAGCGUCGGACGCAGUCUUCAGCAAAACCACUACGAAGGGCAAUUUAAAGUAUCGGCACAGUUCCUCAGGCCCUCUUGAACUCCCCUUGUAUUGGUAGGCCUUUUCGUUAACGAUAGAAUGGCUGAAAAGCAACCCGUCGCUGUGGAAGACCCAGUAAGGGCAUUUGUCGACCUCUCUGUGGUCCAGCAGCUUGAGGUGUACAGACACCUUGAGGCCUGUAAGGGGACAGAUAUCUGGAGGCAAGCACCCGUGUGCGAACGCCUAGCUGCAAGAACAAUAAGGAGCGUCUAUCAGACAAUGCUGAGUCCUGGGAGCGACGAGAGCUUUCAGCGGGCCCGGCGUCUAAGCGGUGGCGUUCCUGCUACCUUCUCGGUUAUUCAGAAUGAAAGGAGGCGAAGCCUACGCAGCAGCGACUGCUGUCUAGGCGACCGUAAAGAGCUUGCCGAGACUACAGACCCAGUAGAAAAGGACCUUCCAAAAACGCAGCGCGCGUUUUCUGGUGCGAUUCCAGCAGAAGAAAUCAUUAGGACAUCUUGGAAUAUAGAUAAAUACCCCAGCCACUCAUCACCUGAGCAGCCUCUCGCCUGUGGAGUCGUUGCUGAAGAAUGUCUUCCUCUUCAAAGGAGGCCUGUGUUGUUCCCUGCGUUCCUAAGAGGACUGGUUUUGUUGCUGCAGAGCAGACUGCAAUGCCAAAGCAGGAGCAUGGGGCAACAGCUUGUGUUGGAGUCGGAAAAAGAUUGGGUUUGGGGAACCCCUAAAUCUGACACUGCCGCAUGGUCUGACGCAGAAGAUUCCUACAGUUUGAGUCUUGCUUGGAUUUCGCUCUGCCAGAAACUCCACAUACUCAGCGACUCGCUUGAAAAGCAAAUACUGAAGAGGCAGCAGAGGCAUCCUAGCACACUAAGACAGGCAUCAAAGGAGCGGCAUGAGCCACCGCAGGCCUCCAAGUCGUCUCAGGAGUGUGAAGGGGACACGUGGUCUACUUUAAGUGGGCAGUCUGCGGAAAUGAUGCAGCAACAGGAGCAAUUAUCUUCUGAUCCACCGUCACAGAGCCAGAACGCUGUUGCUCAGGAAUGCAAAAGAGGCUCUUUACGGAGUAAAAACCCUAAGCAGCCUCAGCAACAAAAGGCAGUAGGCUCUUCAAGUCCCCAGGAGGCUUCGCCUGGGUUGCUGGACGCAGCAGAGCCCCCCCGCAUGAACUGCUCCAAAGAGCACUUCGUACCUCAAGGAAGAAGAGCAGAAAACAAAGUCUUCGUAGAGGGGGAAAAUGGCAUGGAUGCAGUAGCAGCAAGCGCAGGGCGUCACAGUAAAGUAUUCACUCAAGCGGCUCUAGCAGAGACCCACUGCAUUCUGAAUGACGAGCUGCACAACAAGCUGUUUAAAAUAUGCGAGACGGAUGUUUGUAAGCCACGCAAGGCCUCUGGUGUUGUUGCAUUACCUAUUACUAUCUUUACGCUCAAUAUGCCUAUCUGA